AUGUCUUGCUCACCUGAAGAUAUUGAAAAAAAGCGUCUGCAGGCGAUCGAAAGACGUAAUGCUCGUCAAAAAGAACAACAAUCAUUAAAUCCUGGUCAAGAAGAUCAAAAUUUGAAAAGAACAAUGCCAGCAAAACAAUUAAAUGUCAGUUCUAGCAGUGAAUUGUCAUCACCAGGCCCUUCAACCUCGUCAGCGUCACCUUCAUCGUCUUUGUCCCCUACGUCACCUAGGUGUUCAUUUUUUCACGAGCAGUAUCAAGUCAAAGGAUCAAUAUCCAUGAUAAGUAACACGAGAUUUGAGGUUAAUAUUAAUUACCACCAGGGAUUUAUUGACUUUUGCCAUAAAUUUGACACCCGUUAUUACGAUCCUCUGAAAAAAUUGUGGAGUUUUGACGUCAAAGAGUACGACAAAUUCAUGCAAGAGUUGAGAUCAGUACCCCGAGUACUGAUUAUUGGUCUCCCCAGGUAUGUCUACAGGAUUUUUGUUGCUAAAUCAACUGAUAAAUCUUCUGAAAAUCAAGAAAUUGAUUUCUCGGGGAUCGACCCCAAGCUGAGAAGACAACUUAUGCCUUUUCAAAGAGAAGGUAUUUAUUUCGCAAUAACAAGAAACGGUCGUUGUAUGAUCGCUGAUGAUAUGGGUCUAGGAAAAACCCUCCAAGCUCUUGCUAUCGCUAAUUACUACCAAGCUGACUGGCCAUUGCUCAUCGUCUCACCUGCAUCAUUAACACACAUGUGGCUUGAUAACAUUACAAAGUUCCUUCCUUCAGUAGAAGCUGAAGAUAUCUAUCUGUUCUCUGGCAGCAAAGGUUACUUUGAAGAAGAAAAAAUUAUCAUUGUUUCCUACGACUUGCUUGUUAAAUGCAAGAAAGUAUUUGUUAGAAAACAAUUCAAGACUUUAAUACUGGAUGAGUCACAUUUUUUGAAGAAUUACAAUUCAGAGCGAAUUAAAGCUGUUGAAGUUGUCGCUAAAGAAACUCGACAUAUUGUUCUAUUGAGUGGUACGCCCGCAUUGUCGAGACCUUAUGAAUUAUACGCACAAAUUCGUCUCAUUGAACCGACUUUUUUCAAACGACAUAAUUAUGGUCUCCGUUACUGCGCUGGUAAAGAAAAACAAGUGAGAAGAAAUGUACGCGUUUGGAAUUACAGCGGAGUAUCUAAUCCAGUUGAACUCCAAUUAUUAUUAAGUAAAGUCUGCGUUAUCAGACGAAUGAAAGAUGAAGUAUUAGACCAAUUACCUUCAAAAAUAAGACAAUUUGUUAUACUGGACCCAAAUUUAGUGAAUACAUCAAGCGAGGCACUGAUGACACUAAGAGAUCGCAAACAAAAUGCGAAUCAAUUGAUGCAAUUGUUCACCGACUCUGGACCGCAAAAAUUAAAAGCUGUGUGUAACUACGUCUCUGAUUUAUUGGAGAAGAAACGAAAAUUUAUUAUUUUCGCGCAUCACAAGCAAAUCCUGGAUGGGAUCUGCGAGGUAAUCGAGAAAAAAGGCGUUCAGUAUGUACGGAUCGAUGGGCAGACAGACAAAAAACAGAGACAGCAGCGGGUUGAUUUGUUCCAAGAGUCUGAGGACAUAAUGGUGGCGGUUCUAUCGAUUGUUUCGUCUAACUCGGGAUUUAGUUUGACUCGGGCUAGUCUCUGUGUCUUUGCAGAGCUAUACUGGAACCCAGGCAGCCUUGUUCAGGCCGAAGAUCGAGUUUAUCGAAUUGGUCAACGCAGUCCCGUGGUUAUUCAAUAUCUCAUCGCUAAUGGGACUGUUGAUGACCACUUGCUGCAAUUAAUUGAGUCCAAAAAUGACUUUUUGGUCAAAGCAGGCUUUAAUCAAAAUUUUGCGUUGAGUUCAGCGGAAAUUCUUACGCAAAAUGAUAAUUAA